AUGCGGUUUUUAUCGAUCUUGACGGCCUGUGUGCUCACGCUGUUACCGAGUCUUGUCUCAGCGCAGAUUUCGACCGUCGAAGUCGUCCGGCUCAGCGUCGAUGGCCGAUACGACCAACCCUUGGAUCUGGAGAGUCGUCGUCCAAGUCUCAGCUGGCAGAUUGUUCAGACAGCAGAUUGCGCUGAAGCAGUCUGUCCAGGGGAUCGACAAACUGCGUAUGAAGUUCAAGUCGCCACAUCUGAACACGAUCUGAAAACGGCCAAGCUACGAUGGGGGCCCGGGAAGCAACAAGGUUCAAUCCAGUCCUUACGUCUGGAUCGCGAGCUCAAUUCCCACGACACACUCUUCUGGCGCGUGCGAGUCUGGGACGCCCUCAAUCAGCCUUCAGCUUGGUCGAAUACCUCAUCUUGGUCCGUAGGGUUGCUCCAUCAAUCGGACUGGGGUGAGGCUCGCUGGAUUGACUAUCCAGAUCGUAGCCCGAAUCAGCCACCUCCUCUGUUCACCCGCCAGUUCAAUGUACCCGAUGGUAAAGAUAUCGUUCACGCGCGUCUCUAUUUGUCCGGCAUGGGGAUGCAUCUUGCCUCUGUAAACGGCAAAGCCGUCACGGAUGAAGUGUUGGCUCCAGGGUAUUCGAAUUAUCAACUCUCAAGCGAAUACCGCACAUACGACAUCAAACGACUCCUUCGUACCGGCGCGAACGCUAUCGGGGUCAAGCUGGGCAGUGGACCGACCUACGUUCGUCGGAGCAUCACGAACCCAGCUCUCGGCCGCAAUGCGCCUUACGCCUGGUGGCAGAGCCAGCUCAAGGGCGAUGGAACUUUAUCCGAGGCUGCCGCGAUAGGCAGCAUCAGUGUGCGCCUGAACAACGCAACCGGAUAUCACGUGCAAGGCAGCAUCAACAUUGACACCAGUGGGGGCGGUGACAACCUUGAGUCGCGCGUCAUAACCGCUAUCAACACUGUACAACGAAUCGUCAGCUUUUCCCCAGCACUAAAACUUGCACAUGCUGGUGGCGCGAGGGUCACCGGUUCAGGCAACAAUAUUGCAGCCAGCGACCCGUCUGCUGGCGCCGCAGUAACUCCACGCCUGAUUGGCCGCCUUGAGAUCACCUACGAUGAUGGCAGCAAAGACAUCAUCGUGACUGACAGGUCCUGGUGCACUGCACUCGGUCCACUACUGACCGACGCUUGGUACUCGGGCUCCGAUUAUGACGCUCGCAGGGAAGUAGAUGAUUGGGAUCAUCCCGGGUCUCAGCAAGAAUCCUCCAACUGGAUUCCAGCUGGUAUUGUACCUCCGCCCAACCUUGCGACCAAGCUCGUUGCCCGUGCCGCCGAGCCAGUCAAGGUGUUGGAGUACCUCGAGCCUGUAUCUGUAUCCACCCCAUUCUACGGGACCUGGGUCUUCGAUCUUAGCCAGAACAUUGCUGGCUAUCCUAUCAUCAAGCUUCCGCAGAUGACAGCAGGUAUUAUUAUCAAAAUGGUGGCCGCUAAAUCACUUAAUCCCAACGGUACGGUUAAUCAGGAGUCCCUGGGUAUUGGAGACCGUGGCACCGACGUUUUCAACACUUAUACCACUUCUGGACGUACUGGAGGUGAAACCUGGUAUCUGGACUUCAACUACUUUGCCAUGCAGUGGAUCCAAGUAACGGGCUUACUCGAAGGGUUCAGCCCGAGGGCCGGUCUCAUAACAGGUGCUCGUGUCCAAGCAGAUGUACCUAUCGCUGGCACUUUCCGUUCAUCUAAUUCACGUCUUAACCGACUCCACAGAAUGUCGCGUUACUCGAUUGCAAGCAAUGUCAUAUCGGUAUUCACCGAUUGUCCCGGUCGUGAGAAGCUUUCGUAUCCGGCCGAUUAUACCAUGCCUAUGAGCGCCAUCUAUCACAACGUCCACAUCAACGCCUUCCUCCGUACAAAUAUGCGAAAUUUGGUAGAAGCGCAAUCCAUCGCAAACACGUCCAUGGCAGGGAAUGUGGGUCUGAAAGCACCUGUUUACGACUGGGGCUACACUGGCCGAUUUGGGGACGAAGUCAAUUAG